AUGCCUCGCAUCUGAAUAUCGGAGCGACCUGAACACGUUGGGUCGGCUGUAUUUGAAAACCGAUAGAGCUGGGAGAGUAGGAUGUCCCCAUUUCAUGGCUCCAGAAGUAGUCGAGAGGCGGCAAUAUGGCAAACCAGUUGACAUCUGGGCUGCAGGUGUUCUUCUUCAUGUGCUAUUGUCGGGGACUCUUCCUUUUCACGGUAGUGGACGAAGACUGAAUGAAGCUAUCUGUAGAGGAAAACUACAGAUGGAUAAUGCACCACAGUGGCAGAUCAUCAGUGAUAGUGCUAAAGACUUGGUACAACAAAUGUUGAGUGUCGAUCCGAAACAAAGGAUCACAAUACAAGAAGUUUUGAAUCAUAGGUGGUUACGGGACAGAGAUAAGGGUCUACGAAUACACUUAAAUGACACAAUAGAAGAAUUGAAAAAAUUUAACGCUCGUAGAAAAUUAAAAAGCUGUAUACUUUGUGCCGUCAAUUCUAGUAAGUGGUAUCCAUAUGACGAUGCCAAUGCUGAUACGUUUUCCGAUUUUGGAGAUGAUGAAGUGUCUUCCUGUGGUAAGUAACAAAGUGUUCUAGAGUUUAGUUUCAAAAACCGAUCACCUACUUUAGCACCUCUCAAAAAAUUUACACCCAAUUAUUUGAGUCUCCAUAUUACUGUUGAUAUUGUUAUAAACCAUUUUGAAAUUUUUUCCACUCAAAUAGAUAAUAAAUUCAUCAAGAACAAAACAGUUCUCCACAAUGAAUCGAAUGUCAGUUCAUCUAUUUAGUGUACCAGUUGACACAAAUUGAAAUAGAAUUCAUGACUUAUAAAAAUGCAUUUGUC